AUGGCAUUACAAUCCUUUGAAGGACAGGACCUCGCUUUACUCUCAAGAAGUAAUGAGGGUUGUGAGUAAUUUUUGCGCAUAUCCGUGUGCUUUACAGUGAUGUAGCUUUUGGCACGCUUUGCGCAUUCCAGAGUGGCGACGCCGCCCUGACUCGGCCGACUGGAACGAGAGAACUUCCGAGAGUGUACUGUGACACAUCAAAACCUUUUAAUUCCCUCGCUGUGGUCAUUACUGCUCUACGUACAACUGCUUCAACAGUUGGCUAUGAGGGGAGACGAAGCUUAGAGUGUCCGGUUACACUUUUCAGGUCUAAAAUUAGGGAGACUACGCUGACGCAAGAUGGCUAAAAUCGGUCCUAUGAGUGACAACGGGUACAAGACACUGGAUCCAUGGAAACGUAUCCUACAACUUAGCUGUUAUUGAUGACAGGGUGUAUUUUUGGCCUUUGUUGUCAUCUUUCCGUAACACUUGGGGCUCUAGCAUUUUGUAUAAAGGCGAGUCUUCCAAAAUGCAGUUGUACAGCAGUGCGUUGACACACUAUCCCGGAUCCUCUCGCAAAGUUUCGAUAACUAUCGCAAGUGGUACCAUUACUGACCAUUUGUCCAGGACAACAACGAGCUCUGCGAAUAAUAAACCGAGUGGGCUUACUCCAACAGUGACUAACGGGAAUCCGGUAGGAGAGACUCAAUCUACUACAAACAUGCCCGCUGCUUUUUCAUGUUACGAGGCUGCUUCCAUGAAGCCAGUCUACUACACUUCUACAGCAGAGAUAAUCAUUCGUCGGCCUGACGGAGUUGAGAGAUACGUACCAGUGCACAUCAUAAAGGAGACCCAGGCAAAACGGGCUCCGUCGGACUCAUAUUCACAAGAUGUCGUGAUUCAGGCGCGUGACCGAGAUGAUCAUUUGGACACAGACUUGAUUGUGGACUUCAUUGAUCACUUGAGAGGUAGAGGGGAUCUACUCAAUGGUAGUCAAAACGUGAAACGUGAAAAUAACCUGAUAAAUGUUGACAAGAACGAUGGACCAAGUUACAGAAAGUGUGAGGAGAGAAUGAACAUGGCAAAUGGAAAGGGAAAACCCGUUACAAGUGACAUUGUGAACCCAAAACGCCAUCAGAACUUAGAGGCGCAGCCGACCCAUUUAGGCCAGAAUAUAGUGGAUUCCUGUGAGAGUAAAAAUGACAGUGAAUACGCAGACCUGGACUCUCCAUCAGGCGAGGCGCAGCUCUUUGAGCUCUGUGUCCUACAGGAGCCGUCACUGCGGAGAGAUGCAAAAAGGGGUGACAUCAACGACAAGGUGACGUGCUACAUAGCGGAGGUGGAGAAACAGAACAAGUACCUUCAGGAGAGGGCACACAAGUACAGAUUCCACAUCAUCCCUGACGGCAACUGUCUGUACAGGGCGGUGUGUAAAGCCGCCUAUGGAGAGCAGUCUAUGCACAGCGAGCUGAGAGAGCAGACAAUGCACCAUAUAGCCGACCACCUGGAUGAGUUUAACCCCAUCAUUGAGGGAGAUGUCGGGGAGUUCUUGAUCAAUGCAGCUCAGGACGGCGCCUGGGCGGGUUAUCCGGAGCUUCUGGCGAUGAGUCAGAUGUUGAAUGUGAACAUUUACCUAACCACAGGAGGUAGCUUGGAGAGUCCCACGGUUUCAACCAUGGUGCACUACCUGGGGGAAGAUGAUUCGUCCAAACCCGCUGUCUGGUUGAGUUGGCUCAGCAACGGACACUAUGAUGUCUUGCUGGACAGGUGUGUGGCCAACCCAGAGUAUGACGAGUGGUUUCAUCACUCUCAGAUGCAAAGGAAACGGGACGAAGAGCUAGCCAAGUCGAUGGCAGCAUCACUGUCUAAAAUGUACAUCGAACAAAACGGUCACAUUUGAAACCAAUAGUUAUUCAACUGCUGCAUUAAAAUGUUAGUCAGCCUCUCUCUCUUUCUCUUUCUCUCUCUCUCACUCUCUCUCUUUCUCUUUAAACCGAUUGCACUUUGAUUCUGUGUGUUUGUGACUUCAACAUUGCCUUAAUGACAUUUUCUAAGUUUUGUAUUGUACCCGAAUUGAAGUGCAGUGCACAUGUUAUAUUUAAAAAUGUUGUGUUGUAAAUAGACUAAACGACAAAAUGUUAGUUCCAAGUGAUGCUUGAAGGAGCUUGUAUUAUUUCCCAUACAUUGAUGUGUUUUGUUUGAAGUGAAUGGGUUGGAAUUACUCUGUAUCAACCUAAAAAAAAUUGUGUCAACAGGUUAAAUAGACAUUUGUUGAUAGUAAAUAUAUACUGAACAAAAUUAUAAAAGCUACAUGUAAAGUGUUGGUCCCAUGUUUCAUGAGCUGAAAUAAAAGAUCCCAGAAAUGUUCCAUACGGACAAAAA